AUGUCCACUCCCCGAUCAAUGCCGGUUGCUUCUCCCCUUACCAAUAAUUCUGGUCCCUCAAUUUAUUCCCAGCGUCUCAAAUUCUUCCAAAAUGUUCCAAGUAAAUCCCUCCAUCGUCAAUUCCGUCUUCCACCCUACAUUAAGUCAACGCCAAGCUACCAAGUCUUUCAACAACGGAGAUGCCCGCAGCGCCAGAAGCAUCUUCUCGAUCGGACGAGUAGUUUGACGGUAGACAACGUAGGAAGCUGUGGGAAAUUGACUACUCCCAGGUCAUCGCCGCUAGGCUUCUGGCUUUGUUGGAGGAGCAAUAAAAUUUUUGUGGUGGCUCUUCUUGUGCCUGGAGAGAAGCCGAGAAGGGGUUGA